AUGCUAAAUUCAAUUCUCAAAUUUCAAUCUCAAUUAUUUCGAGAAAUAUUCUCGCGAAUAUUUCACUUCGCGAACAACUUCAACUUUACUGAUGGUCACAAAAUGAAGCUCUUCUAUACAGUUUCAUGGCUAGUGCUCGUGUCCUUCUGCCUUGCGUGGACCAAGGAGGACUACGAGAUCUUUGGUUUGAACGAUAAAGUCACACACGACUUGGGUGAGGGCUCCACUUUUUACUCGUGGUUGGACCUCGAUCGAUCUGCCACCGUUCAAGAAAUUUCCAAAGCAUAUAGGCGUAAAUCGCGUCAAUUGCACCCAGACAAGGUUGGCGGAAGCUCGAAAAGUGCCCGGAAAACGGCCGAAGAGCGGUUUCAACGGCUUUCUCUAGUUGGAAAUAUACUAAGAGACCAGUCUUUAAAACGCAGAUACGACUACUUUCUCGAUAAAGGGUUUCCCAAAUGGAAGGGUACUGGCUACUACUACUCCAAAUUUCGCCCUGGGCUUGUUUUGACUGUUUUUAUGCUCUACAUUUUGGUAGGAGUUUUGCAGUGGGUCGCACUCAAAAUCAGCAGAAGCCAAGAUUACAAGAGAAUUGUCAACUUGAAAACCGACUUGAAAAAUCUGGCCUGGGGUGGCUCGGCGGUUCCUCCGGCGGACGGAAGCGAUAGAAAAAUCCAAAAUGAUGCCAAUGGCAAGGAAUUUAUAGUUUCUGCCCUGGGUGAAAUUUUUCUCGUUCACGAUGGAGAACGAAUCUUGAUCGACGAAAACGACGUCAAUGUCAAUCCCAGUAUAAAAGAAUCGGUGUUGGUGACACUCCCUGUAUAUUUGUGGAACAUUUCGCUAGGCAAAGUUUUGGGUAUUAUAGACUUGAGUCCACCUCCCAAACCUGUCUCGGAAUCAGAACCCCAGGAAAUCAAAAAGAAGAAGAAGAAAGGUGAGCGCAUCGAGUUGCCGAACGGAAAAGUGGUCUACGGAAGACCCAACGCUCGUAAGCGCAAAUGA